GAUGGUGAGACCCCUCUAUAUCGCGCGGCCGAGGCGGGGCACGAAGUUGCAGUAAAGAUUCUCCUCGAGAAAGGCGCGGACGCCGAGCCAAAUAGCCCGCUCACCCAGUCUCCGUUGUCGCACGCCGUCAAAAAUGGCAAGCUGCAUAUGGCUAAAAUGCUUCUCGACAAGGGCGCCGCACUGGAGUCCAAGAAUAAGUAUUAUGAUCAGACGCCAUUGUCCAUCGCGGCCAAUGAGGGCUACGAGGCUAUAAUCAAGCUGCUCCUCGAGAGGGGUGCCGAGUUAGAAACCAAGGAUUCUUACGGUCGAACUCCCCUCUUUUUAGCGGCGGAG